AUGGAGAUAGGAACUGGGGAAGGGGUAUAUCUAGGAGUUUUUUACAAACUGUUUACAAAAGUCAUCACAGCUCGUAUAUCUGACUGUCUGGAUUCUAACCAGCCUGGAUAUCAGGCUGGCUUCCGCAGUGGAUUCUCAACAACAGACCACAUCCACACGUUCACCCAAAUAAGGGAAAACAUAAACGAAUAUAGGGAACCCUUGUGUAUGGCAUUCAUCGAUUAUGAAAAGGCAUUUGACUCAGUACAAAUACCUGCAGUUUUGGAAGAUGUUCGAAGACGGGUAGUAGAGAAGGUAUAUUGUAAAAUAUUGCAAGAUAUAUACAGAGGUGAAGCAGCAACCAUCAAGAUCCACAUGGAAGCCGACAAAAUACUAAUUUAA